AUGCAUUUGCCGCUCCUGGUGGCAGCCAGACAGGACAGACAGACGCCUCCAGCGGAUCAUAGCCAUACGGGCGGAGGCGAGGGCGAGGGCGAGGGCGUAGGCGUAGGCGAACCCCUAGCGGAUUCUUCAUCAUCCGGAGCCACUGUGGCGCCCGUCAGCAUCGCCGGUCCCGGCCGCCUCGCUCGCAGCUUGAACGGCUUGGGCGGCACCAUCAGUGUCGGUGGCCAUCAUCACCAUCACCUGCAUCAUCACUACGCUCCCUACGCCCCCUCGCCGUAUCAUCCGGUGCAGCCGUAUAGCGGUGCAUAUCCGCCGGCUGCCUCACAUCCGCCCGCAAUGGUCACCUCGUCGUCUGCCUCGCCAACGGGCAAUGGCUGGAGUAGCACCACCGGUGACUUCAAGGGCACCGUGGCGGUCACAGCUGUGGGAGCGGGAACGGGUGCAGCGGCCGGUCAGGGAGCCACCACUGCCACCGCUGGUGCAGGAGGCACUGCCUCCGAGGUCCUGGCUGUGUCUAGCAGCGCCAGUGUGGGCAGUAGUUCACCCACCGGUGGUGCUAGCAAUGGCACUGCACACAGUGGACACAGCGGCAGCACCACCAGCAAUGGUAAUAGCAACAAUAACAACAACAGCGCCGGCAACAGCAAUAACAACAACAAUAACAAUAAUAACAAUAACAAUAAUGCGGUGCAUCAGGAUCUGUUGUGGAUGGAGCGAUUGGUCCAGAAGCGACAACAGGAGCAUCCCGGUGAACUAGUGCGCACGAGCAAUCCGUACUUCCUGUGCUCCGCCCUGCCCUCCCAUUGGCGCUCCAAUAAGACGCUACCGCUGGCCUUCAAGGUCGUCGCCCUGGCGGAGGUGGGCGAUGGCACCUACGUCACCAUCCGGGCCGGAAACGAUGAGAACUGCUGUGCGGAGCUACGGAAUUGCACUGCCCAGAUGAAGAACGAUGUGGCCAAGUUCAAUGAUCUGCGAUUUGUGGGACGCAGUGGAAGAGGAAAGAGCUUUACCCUGACCAUCACGGUGGCCACGAGUCCGCCACAGGUGGCAACCUAUGCCAAAGCCAUCAAGGUGACCGUCGAUGGACCCCGGGAACCGCGAUCCAAGACAAGUCCCACAGGAGGUCCUCAUUAUCGCGCCUUGGGCAUUGGCCAGCGUCCCUACAUCGAUGGCUACCCCAAGGCUCUCCACGAGCUGGAGACACUGCGUCGCUCGGCAAAAGUGGCGGCUGCCACAACAGCCGCUGCGGCUGCGGCAACGGCGGCCACAGCGGCUACUGCUGUUGCAGCCGCCGCAGCAGCGGUGGCGGUCACGCCCACCGACGGCGGUGGAGGUGGAGGAGGAGGAGUCGGAGGAGUAGGAGUGGGAGGAGUAGGAGUUGGUCCCGGAGCCGGACUGGUGCAACAAUUGAGCAGCAAUUACUCAUCGCCGAAUAGUACAAUCAACUCGGACUGCCAGGUCUAUAAGCCAAAUGCGCCGCACAUUCAAGAAACCGAUCUGAUGGGCGCCGGCGAAUGGACGGGAUCGUCGAGUUCGGCGGCGGCUUAUUACCAUAGCCACGCCCACCAUCAUCCUCACGCCCAUCAUCCGCAUCACGCCCAUGCCCACGCCCACCUGCAACACCAGAUGGCCUUGCCGCCGCCACCUCCGCCACCAGCCGCCGCUCCCGUUUCGGUGGGCGGCAACGGUGCCACCAUGGGCGUAGGCGUGGGCGUGGGCAUGGGAAUGAAUCAUUUUGGCGGCGGCUACGAUUCGGCGAACUCCCUGGAAGCUGGCAACUAUGCCGCCCACCUGCCCACCGUGCUGCCCGAGAUGCAUGGCCAUGGAUUUGCCACCGAUCCCUACCAGACGGCGGGCUAUGGCAGUGGCAGCGUGGGCGUGGCCGGCGGCGGCAGUGCCUCCAAGUCGGAGCUGGACUACGGUGGGGGCUACAAUCAGGCGUGGUCGAAUGGUUAUCAGAACUAUCAGUAUGGAAGCUGCUCGGCGACGGCCCAAUAUGGUCCUCAGGCGGCGGCACCACCUCCGCCACCACCGCCGCCUCCGGUGGUGCUGUACCCGCAGCUGUACUCCACGGUCAACCAGAACCAGAUCCACCUCCAUUUGCACAGCAGCGAGAAGCUGGAGCAGUACCUGGGCUCGGCCACCGGUGGUGAGCAGCUGACCAUUAGCUCACUGACUGGCCGAUCCAGCAUUGAAAUUGGUGGAAAUCAGGGGGAUCAAUACCAGCAACAGCAGCAGCAGCAGCAGCAGCAGCAGCAGCAGCAGCCGCACCUGACCCAUCCGCAUUCGCAUUCAUCGCAUGGCCAGCAUGGUCAGGUGGUGGAGUCCUCCAAUGAGGUUGGCGGCGUUGUUGUGGAGGCCGCACGGGAGGAGGACGUGGGGGAUCUCACGCCGGUGUGGCGACCCUAUUGACCCAGUCGGAUAACCCGUCCAGUCCCGCCCACCUUUGCCACACACGCCCAUGUCCAUCCGCAUCCGCAUCCUCAUCCGCAUCCGCAUCAACACCCACCGCUGCACCUGCACAUCGAACUGAAUUAGGCGAGCAGCAGGAUCAAGAACUGUACAAUUCUUUUUUUUUUGCCUUUUUUUUGUAGCUAAUAAUGUAAUGUGUAACUUAAUAAACCAAGAUAUCGGACAGAUGUA